GUUCGAGGACCACUUCGCGGGGCCGAACCACUUCAACGCAUUGUGGAUGAAGGUGGGUGAAUCGCCCAUACACCUGGACGAUUGGUGGCACCAGUGGAACCUGGAGUCUGGAUCAAUUAGGUUCAAUUACAUCGACGGUGCGAUCCAGAUGUGCCGCGGAGAGGUUCCAGGCGAGAGCGCGCCGCUGCCGCUGCCGCUGGCGCCGCUCUCCGCCCACGCGGCCGCGGACUCCGCCGCCAGCACCGCGGCCGGCUCUGCGAGCACCGCCGCGAGCUCUGCAACGGGGCCGGGCCGCGCCGCCGCGCUGGCGCCUGGCGGCGACGUCGUAGGCGCGACGGCCGCGGCGAGCGGCGACCCGACGACGUGGCUGUCGCUGGCGGCCACGGCGCUGGUGGCGACCCAGCAGCACAUGGACGCGGGCGGGGGCGUGGUCGACGCCGCCGCCGAGCGCGCCAGGGAGGAGGCGGCCCUCCGGGAGAUGGAGGCCAUCACGCCUGCUGACGGCUUCCUCUCGCCGGCGAGCGCGCAGAUGCACGCGUACAUCUGCCACAUGUGCCGCAAGAAGUUUGCGUGUUUGGACCUCAUCCCGGCGCACUGCGUGUCCAAGGUCCACGCGAAGAGGCGGGAGCAAGGGUACCGGUUCGAG